UUUAUGAGCAUUUCCCCCUUCCCCGUCUCCUUCCCCUUAAUAAAACCCUAAUUUACUGUUCCUCCCCGCCAAACGCCACUCUCUCUCUCUCAACCUUCUUUCUUUCUCUAAUGGCGCCUAAAUCUCAGUGACCCUCCCCACAAUUACUAGGGUUUUAUUGCAUUGAUCCCCUGCUUAAUCCUCGCCUCAGUUGACCGUGCAUGAUCAGGAGGAGCUCCGACAAAAUGUCGUUGAAUGGGAAGCAUGUGUCUCCUUCAGCUAUGAACACUGUUUCCUCGACGCCCCCAAAGAAGAAGAUGAUGUAUCGAUCGAAUCAGAGCCUGGAAGAUUUAUCGCGAGCGAUUGGGUCUAAUGGCACCUUCAGAAGGCCAUUAAUGUCACGUACGCGGUAUAAGUAUCCCAUACCUGAUACCAAGAAACGGAGUGAUUCGUCAAAAGAAGACGAUGAUUUCGAAAAGCAUUUCGGUAAGGGAAGGUUUCUCGAUGACAGUGACUGCACAUGGCUGUCUUCGGACUGCUUGUCUUCUUCUUCUUUCUUCGACCAGUACAAUUUUUUGGGAUCCCGUCAGUUUGUCGAUGAAUGGUUAGCUUCCUGGAUGUCCAAUUGGGGUAAAUCAGUUAAGAGUGCCAUCUUGGAUUUAGAUAUGUCUCUGGAGGGAGACACGAAGGAUGAAGAUGCAGAGAAUUGGCUCCUAACACCUUUCGACAAUGACGCCUCGGUCUCUUCUUGUACUCCUUCUGAGGACACGAGCAGCGAUAACUCUUCAACUCAAUUCAGCCGAAACUUUGAUGCUCAAACUCGGGAUCAUGAUGGACCAAGUCUCAUGCUCCCUUUGGGGAAUCUGGAUGUGGAAUCCGAUCAACUGGAGAAUUUCCAACUGGACGGUAUUUGUGGCACGUCUCUCCCGAGAUCCAGUUCUAGCUCUUCUCAUGCCCUUGAGUUGAUGGCGGAGCAGCUUGACUUUUCACCAGAGAAUGUCUCAGCUACAGCAGAUUUAAAAAGUGAUGAGAGUGAACCAAUUUUCUGGCCGUUCGAUGGAAAAUUUGACUCUAAUGCGGAGGAAACAAUGAGAUAUCUUUCAAUGUCACCGCGGAAGGAUAUGAAAGUCGGAGCAACUCCAAAGACGCCCAUGUCUCGAAAACUGGAUCAGGAAGAAGGCACGAGGAAGCAGCUUCAGUUCAAUUCGGCGGGAUCAAAAUCAUGUAAAAGAUCAGAAUCAAGUCCAAAUGCCGGUAAGAGUACUCCCUGCAAGGCAAAAACAACUACACCUUCAAGAUUGAGUCGUAAUUUGAAAAAUUGCACAAAAGUUCUGCCUACAGCACCAAAAGAAAGUAUUGUUCCACCAAAGAAAUCAACAGGAUCAGAAAAGGAUUUACUUGGGGAAGAAGAUUUGUCACCCAAAUUCGAGUAUGAGCUUCCGAUCGAGAAACUAUUGGGUCUUUCCGAGUUCAACGGGCACGAAGGAGUUGAUGCUGGAUUUGAUGGGGAUGUUUUCUUGCUUGAUUAGUCUCUGCAGCAACUUCUACCCUAGUGAUUGCUUGAAUAGUUUAUGUCCUGAUUUCGGGAUUCCUAAGAUUAUCAGUGUCUGUUUCUGUUGAUAAAACUAUUUAAUAGUUGUUAGUUGAUCAAACAAGCAAAUUUGUCAUUUGGGUAUAGGAUAUGUAGGACAUACAGAUGUAAAUGUCUCAAGAAUUCUGUACUAAAGCUUUCGUUGCUCGAGGUUUUCAGUUGCAGGAACCUCUGAUGAAAAAUGUUCUAUAUAUUGAUUGUCUACUUUUUUCUUGGUU